CAGUGCCGUUCGCACACAACCAAAAUUAUCGACUUUAUGUUGCUAGCAAAGGACAAAACGAAGCUCGCCUGCCUUUGUUUGUCAUGCACUAAAAUAGUUCAACUGUCAAUGCUGUUGGUUGGUUAGGGGCUCGGAAGGCAUGUCGAGUAUACGAGUUUGCCCUCCCAUCCGCAUUUGUGUCCAACAAUAAUGUAGCAGCCGGAGCAACGUUCUCGGUUUGGGUUUUGGGCUCUUGUGGCUGUGUUUGCCGCACGCACGCACGGCUGCCACUUGCCGUAGCUUGUGCUGCCGCUGCUGCUGCUGCUGGUUGUGGACCGCCUGGCGGCUUUCCACAGCGCAACUGAAAAUGCGAGGCAAAAAACACACUGCCAGCCUGUGCCCCAACAGCAACAACAAUACUAUUGUAGCAGCAGCAACUAAUGUGCGCAUGUGACAGGGUUGCCGACAAGUUUGAGGUUCGUUUCUCGUUAGCUUACAAUUCGGCUCGGCACGAGGGCAACACUGGUUAACUGCCAGGCGGACUGGGCUUGUUCAAAAAUUCAGAUUCAGUACGAACUCUGCACUUCGCACAAGAAGACAGUACAACCAACGUCAAAAGCGACGACGACCCCAAAGGCGCGCUCCCAAGCGACGAAAUUUACGUCAAUUUUAGUUUGAAAAACAAACAACGUUUAAAUUGUACAAAAUUGCAAAUUUAAAGACUUGCGUAGUGCAGAAACUCAUUGAACAUAGCCUAGAGUAGUGUGUGCAUUCACCAUGUGGAGUUGUUUCCUUCUGCUGCAGCAGCAAAGGCCGCACUGAGCCGCCGAGCUGCAAUCAAACUCCUUCACUGUCAACUCAGCUCAAAAGGGCGCCAAAACUUAAAGCUUCUGAAUUAAACUACUGUACGCGAUUCUCCGCUUAUUCCUUGAGGCAAUCAAAAUGUGGACCGAAGCCAACGUUAAUUCAGCCAUGGGUCUUCAAGCAACAGCCGCUACCAAGCGGAAGCAUGAGCUGACCUUUGACGGCAAAGAUGCCAACACCACCUACACGGGCAAUUGUGCGCCGCCGCCCGUCAAAGCCAACAAAUGGGCUAUCAACAACAACAACUACCUGGAGUCGCUCGAGGAGCAACAGCAUAAGACAACGGAGCAAUCCACAGCAAUCCCCGAGUCCAACAACAACGAUGUGGAGAGCGCCAAGCCAGCGCAAAGUAUUAUUAGCAACGGUGAUGAAGUUACUACCAGCAACAACAACAACAACAACAGUAGCAGCAAUAAAUGCGCCGCAGAGGUGCCGCUGCCGCCCACAGCCAGCGCCGCCAUUCCAGAGGAUAGCAUUGCCAAACUGGAAGUGGUUGCCGCUGUGCCCUGCGAGCCCUGGUCUACGGCCGCCACGCCUGUUACAGCGCCCAACAGCGAGCCUGUCGACUGCAUUUCCAAGCUGCAAGCAGUUGCCGUGCCCAGCGAUCCUUGGGGCAGCAUUGGAACACGUUCGACGCUGGCCACCACACUGCUCAGUGCCGACGAGCUGGACGACGAUGAUGAUGACUUUGAGGAUGACUAUGAGGAGGAGGAAAGCAUUAUUCCCACCUACUGUCCCAUGCGCUAUCAUCCCUUUGCCCAGCAGCAGCAGCAGCAGCACCAGCAGCAACAACAACAGCAGCAGCAGCAACAACAGCAGCAGCACCAACAACAACAGCAACAGCAUCAACAACAGGCCGCUGCUGCUGCUGCCGCCGCCGCCGCAGCGCAGCAACAGCGCAGCUAUGCCCCCGGCUACGGCAGUCGACCUGCCUAUUACUCGGAGCCUUUCCCACAGCAGAACUGCUCACGGACCGGCAGCCCACAGCAUAUGACGCCGCGUGGCUUUGCGCCUCCGCAAUGGACAACAACUGGCGCUUCAGGAGCUGCUGCGGCUACGCCCAGCAGCGCACAGCAACAGCAAUUCUAUGAGAAUGGCGGCAACAGCGUUGUCUACGCCCAACAAGCCUCCCAGCAGACCAUUCGCUGUGCCGAGAACGGCAAGUCCUAUUUGGAUCUAGGCUGCAGUAAUGCCUCGAGCUCCACGCCCGUCAGUGCGCUGCCCAGCAGCAAUGGCGGUGCCGCAAGCACCCCCUUUGUCCCCAUACCACUCCAUGGCCUGCCGCUGAAACGCUGCUGCGACGGACGUGGCAGCUGGUGCAGUGCCAAUCGUAGUUGCUACAAAGACACGCGCCUUAAGAUACGCAAUUUGUCCAUGUUCAAGCUCUCACGCUUCCGCCAGGUAUCCGAGCAGUCGCUCUAUCGAUCCGUGCUCAUCUGCAAUACGCUCAAGCGCAUCGAUCGCGAGAUCGAAACCGAGGCCAAGGAGCUGCAUCAGGCUGCCCAGCAGCAUCAUCAGCAGGCUGCUGCUGCCGCCGCCGCCGCUGCAGCAGCAGCAGCGCAAGCAGCGCAGUAUCAUCCAGCCUACCAGCAACAACAACAGCAGCAGCAGCAACAACAACAACAACAACAACAGCAAUCGCCGCCAGCGCCACUGCAUCAUGUACAGCAAGAGUAUGCUCCUGUCCUAAAUUGCGCACGUUUGGCCAACAUGGAUCACUACCAGCAGUUGGCACAGACGCCCAACUUUCAGCCGCUGCCGCCGCUGGGCUACCACGAACGUUUGGAAACGCCGCCGCCCGCCUAUAGAGCAGCAGCAACUACAACAACUGGCGCUGCAGCUAACGCUGGCUUCCAAACGAGUGCGUCUAAUAACUGUGAUACGUCCGGCAGCACUACGUUGCAUCCCUACGAUCACUAUCCCUUCCGGGAGUCGCAAUCCGGACGCGCCACGCCUUUCCCCACCACCUGCCAGACUCCAACACCAGCAGCAGCCGCAUCAGUUCCAGUACCAGCAACAGCAACAGUGCCAGCGCCAGCAGCUACAACAUCGGCCGCAACGUCAACUGCUGUUGCGCCUAUCAGCAGCCCCAGCGUAGCUCCCGUUAGCAGCAGAACAGUGGCAACAGUUGCUGCUGUAAGCAGCAGCGUCAGUAGCAGCAGCAGCAACACCUCUAGCUCCACUGUGGCAAGCAGCGCUUGUGACUCAAGUGAUUCUGGCUAUGCUGAUGACGACUCCACGCGUUCCAUUAACUGGAGUUCGGUGCUUAGUCUGAGCUCGCAAUCAGCGCUCGAUCCGCUCAACAACAACGAUCUGUUUACCAUACUGCCGGCAGCUGCCACGCCCACAGCGGUGCCUGUAUGCAUAGCAAGCACGAGCGCCAGCUCAACGUUGGCUUUUAGCGGCAGCUUUACCACCGUGCCCAGCAGCAAUAGCAACAGUAACAGCAACAGCAACAGCAGCUCCAGUUCGAGCAGCAACACCACCGCUACCUUUACAACGCUCUCGACGAUUUCAUCCGCCACACACUCGCUGACUUCGUCGUAUGUGAGCAGCAUAAGCUCCAAUGUGUCAGCGGGUGCCAAUACCUGGGAGUAUGGUUUUCUGGACAUGGAGUUUGGAUUGGGUUCAGAGUUUACGGAGCUGGUGCCCAGUUGCAAGCUUAGUUCGGAUGAGCUCUUUAAGAGCGGCGGACGCGGCACUGUGGCCAGCUCCAGGCUGCACGACAAUGAGCUUGAACAGCCCGCUCACAUCAUGGUCGGCAGUUAGUAUCCGUUGUAAGCCUUCGAAUGCGUCGGCGGUAGCAGCUCGUGCUGGUCAUGCGUUGCCCGCUGAUGCGGAACUCCAAGCAAGCAGUAUUCAAUUUGUAAUUGUUGUAGCAAAAGCACUCAGGUUGUGAAAUGUGCAUGUUGCCUCCAUCCUCCCCCCUACCACCCUUAAAAUCCUUGCACCCAAACCCACACUUAUAAAGCAAUCGCCGCCCAGGGCGCUCCAAUGUAAACAAAUGAAAAGCAAAAUGCAAUUGUAUUGAGAAAACGCAAACUAUGCGUCAAAUCGUAAACUAUUAGCAAAUUUCUUAAGUGUAAAUAUUGUACAUUUAAUUCAGUAACAAAUGAAACAACAACAACAAAAACAACAACUCCUAGCUGCUAAGUUUGAAAACAAAAAUUAUAUAUACUUAUAUAUACAUAUAUGAUAUUUAGUGCGUAUGACAUGUAACUUUAGCUUUGUUAGUUGCAAUUGUUGCAGUUUUUCGAUUACAACAACAAAUGUUUCAUUAUCCACACUUCCACACCUACACUCACACACAAACAGGCUCAAGCCUCUCCAGCUUGGCCCAAAUCAGUUCAAUUAUACACUCAAAACAAUUCAAUUUACAGUGACAAAAAACACAACAAACAAAAAUACUGAAUCGAAAAACGUUUACUAUAUUGUAGCCAUAAGUAUUAUUAUUUAUAUACAAAAUGAAACACAAAAUCGGAUAAAUGAGAGAACAACUUAAAACAAA